CAUAUUUCACAUCAAAGUGUGUUUCUCAAUGAGUACAUGUUUAUGAUAAUGCAGCUAUAAUGAAAUAUAUCACAAGAUUAGGUACCAUUGUGACCAUUGCCUCACUAUUAUUCCUGUCUUCAAACUUUGGCGCCAAUGCCUCGUUGAUCGACCGUAUAACAUACUUCUUAACGUCAUUCGAACGAGAACUGCGGGAAUACAAGCCAGAGUCAGGAGAUGGUUUAACACCAGAUGGUUUUCAGGGCCAAGAUCCUUCUAAAACUGCUGAUAACUCCUUAGGUGGUGAUGCUUUGGCUCCAGAAUCCUUUUGGGAAACUUAUGAUAAACUUGCAAACCCACUUCUUCAGAACUUACCUCCGGAUUUCAAGAAGCACUAUGCAUACUUUUUGAUAUUUUACAUAGUGCUUAUUCUAUAUAGUUAUCUGGGAUCAUUUAGGAACAAGAGAAUUGCGAAAAAAUUCCUAGAGGUUGUAGAGCCGGUUCUGGACGAUAACUUUGCAUACUUGGAACGUAAGAAGAGUGCAUUAAUUCCAAAGUCCUGGCAUUCCUUCGAAAUCUAUGCAUCUGGUCGAACUAGCUGCAAGAGUGUUAUUAUUUCACUCGAGCUUGUAAAAAGAGAAUGCUUCUGGCAGGAAAAUAUCAUUCGUCUCGUAUUUCCAUCACGGGAUAGGGUUGCAGUAGAGGUUACUUUUGAUUCGUUAGAUUCCAUUAGUUUUGCAAUUUGCCACAGGAGAUCUAACAAGGAAUUUAUAUCUUAUAACCAGGAGCUUCUUCGAUACUCUACUACCUAUGACUGCAAAGAUGUCCCAGAUUGUUUCAGAAUGUACAUUAACUCACCGGAUAAGAGUGUUACUCAAUAUGCAAAUCAUGUGUUGUCUCAAAUAAGGGUUCUUUUGCCCAUUUUAGAUUCAUUUUACAUAUCGGAUUCGGCGUCCAUGGAUGGUGAAUCUAAUUCUAGGCCAGAACUUGUUGCUGUGUUCUAUUUGACGAACAAUACUGGAGAUUAUAGCAAGAUCAUAAGAUUUGUUAUGGAUAUUAUCGACUAUUCAAAGAACUAUUCCCUUCCUGUCAAGGUUAGAGAGGCCAUUGUCAAGGAAAGAACCAACAUAAAGGUUGCGUCUGAAAAGAACGCCAAGACUUCAAAGGAAGAGGAGAAUGAUACACAUCAACAUGUUACCCCCGAAAAGUUAAAGAAGUUAGAAGAAAAACUACUCAAGAAGAGCAAAAAUCCAGCCGUACCUGGGAUAAAGAUAAAGGUGGAAAAUAAAAUAAACCUCAUUGCACAAUUUGUUAUAUUUAAACCCUAA